AAGUUUUCCUCCUUGUUGUUGUUGUUGUUGUCACCGUGUCUCCUUAUUUAUCACCGUGUUUACUUUAAUAAAAGUUAUUUCAAUAAAGCCACCAUGAGGCGCGCGAGGAGCUCGAGAAGUCAGAGUGCACGAGAGAAAGAAGAAGUCCGGACUCAGACAGUGUGGCAGUGGAAAGGAGAUGAAGGACAGUGGGAACCGUACGCGCCUUCGGCCUGUGCCGUGUUGGACUCGGCCGUCUCUUCGGGACAAACGUCUGUCACUCUGAGCUCGGGCUCUGGGACGGCCUACGAGGUCGACCUGAAGAAGAUGGUCCAGAUAAAUCCUGUCACCAAGUACAAGAGGAAGAUUCGCUCUCAGACCGUAAAAGCAGAGAUUCCGAAUGACGCCGGCGACUCGACUGCUCAUAACGGGAAACCAGCUGAAGUUAAAGAAGAAGAGGCGAGCGAGCAACCUGCAGCUAAGAAGAAGAGAGGGAGCAAGAGUCAGACAAAAACUGAAAAAACACCCAAAGAGGAGAUAAAAAGUGAAGAGGUUGUGAGGACGGUGGUCAUGAAAGGAAAAGCUCCAGUUGACCUCGAAUGCAAAGCCAAACUCGGAAAGGCUCAUGUUUACAACGAGGGGAACGACGUUUACGACGUGAUGCUAAAUCAGACAAAUCUUCAGUUUAACAACAACAAAUAUUACCUGAUCCAGCUGCUGGAAGACGACAGCUCCAAGGCGUACAGUGUGUGGAUGAGAUGGGGCAGAGUGGGUAAAGUUGGUCAAAACAGUCUGACAGCUUGCGGUGGAGACCUGCUGAAAGCCAAAGAUAUCUUCAAGAAAAAGUUCCUCGACAAGACCAAGAAUGAGUGGGAAGGCCGAGCGACUUUUGAGAAGGUAGCUGGAAAAUAUGACAUGGUGUUCAUGGACUACAGCACGAACGACAAGGAGGAGAACCAGACCACCGUGGAUAGUGCACCCAAAAAGAGGACCUCGAAGCUGGAUGUGAAGAUCCAGUCGCUCCUGGAGCUGAUCUGUGACAUCAAGGCGAUGGAGGAGUGUGUGCUGGAGAUGAAGUUUGACACCCGGAAAGCUCCUCUCGGCAAACUGACCUCGGAGCAGAUCCGUGCAGGCUACACGGCGCUGAAGAAAAUCGAGGAGUGUUUGAAGAAGAAGGGCAGCAAUCGUGAGCUGCUGGAGGCGUGCAACCAGUUUUACACCCGCAUCCCUCAUGACUUUGGGUUGAAAACUCCCCCGAUCAUCCGCACAGAAGAUGAGCUGAAGGAAAAAAUAGCACUGUUGGAGGCUCUGAGCGACAUUCAGAUAGCAGUGAAAAUGGUUCAAUCCAGCAAAGACGGUGACGAACAUCCUCUGGACAGACAGUACCGCUCCCUCCAGUGCCAAGUGCAGCCUCUGGAGUCCGGCAGCAAUGAAUACAAGGUGAUAGAAAAGUAUCUACUGUCCACUCACGCACCGACCCAUUCUGACUACACCAUGAGCGUCCUCGACAUCUUCUCGGUGGACAGAGACGGAGAGAGAAACAACUUCCUCUCUCAGUUACACAACAGGACUCUGUUGUGGCACGGUUCCCGUCUGUCCAACUGGGUCGGCAUCCUCAGUAAGGGGCUCCGAGUGGCCCCACCUGAAGCUCCCGUCACUGGUUACAUGUUUGGUAAAGGGAUCUACUUUGCUGACAUGUCGUCAAAGUCCGCCAACUACUGCUUCGCCAGUCAGAACAGCCAGGUCGGACUGCUGCUGCUGUGUGAGGUCGCUCUGGGAGACAGUAACGAGCUGCUGGAUGCCGACUACGAGGCCAACAAUCUGCCUCCUGGAAAACACAGCACCAAGGGACUCGGACAGACCGGACCUGACCCCGAAAACUCAGUGACUCUGGAUGGUGUGACGGUGCCGAUGGGGCCGGGGAAGAAGACCGGGGUGGGUAAACACAACAGUUACUCCCUCCUGUACAACGAGUUCAUUGUUUACAACCCCGCCCAGGUUCGCAUGAGGUACCUGCUGCGCAUCAAGUUCAACUACUCUUCACUGUGGUGAGGCGGCACAAAAAAACAGUUUGACUCUGAGAUCUGGAGACGGGAUGAUACAUCACUUUGUCAGUGCUCAUGUACGCUUAGAGCCAGUCGAGCUCUUUGUUUUUUUGGGAGAUGUUAAACCUGGCGACUUUUUUGAUAAUCAAUUAAUCGUUUUGGUCAUUUUUAUCAAAAAUUUCCGGCUGCAGCUUCUCAAAUUUUUUGCCUUUUGGGUUUUAAAAUGUUGAUUGAAUAAAAGAAGCGGCUUUAAUGCAUCACCUUGGAUGUUUUUCACCAUUUUACGGACAAAAACGAUGAAUUGAUUACACGAGUUGCAGCCCUACAGUGACGUCCACGGUGGGGUUUGAUAGAUCUGAAGUUUAUGCAUAUGUAAAUGAGUAUGUGGAUUUUGAAUUUAAGUAGAAAAAACACUAACCAAACUAGUUUGACUCUUUCUGUGAUGGAUUUUCUCUCAUUAUACGACAUCACAUCUUCGUUCUUUUGAUUCAGAAAAUGAUGUUGGACCAUUUUAAAGUCAUUUCUGAAUGAUACUUGGUUAUUAGAGCCGGGCACGCAGGUUUAACUGUAUCACUGCUGCAGCUUUGGUGAAGGUAAAAGAUGAAGAUGGAUCCAUGUGAGACCAUGUGAGAAUUUUGCACUAUUUUUUUGUAUAUCGUGUACGUCCUCACAUCAGUGUCAGCUGUAAUUGUAUUGUAUGUGACUGAAACGUUAUGAAACUCGAAUGGCCUUAUGGAUCUGUCAGAUUAACGGUCUCUGACUUUAAUUAAUAAUACAGCUUUGACAUGAGCGUUUAUACUGAAUGUUACUGAAUGUGUCGGGUUAACAUGAGACAACAGAUCCAGUUUUUAUAUCAAUUUUUAUUCAUGUGAAACAGAAAAUACAAAACACUGAUGAUUCAUUGUCACGUAAAGAGGAUGCAGCUUCAGUAUAUACAUAUUAAUAAUAACAAUAAAGGACAUUUUCAUUGUG